AUGGCUUCCAAGGGAGAGCUUCCAACCAGUCUCCUUGACGUCAAAGCUUGGGAUGAUGUGGAUGCUGGUUUUCCUAUGAACAAUAAGGCUGCCCGCAGCGCUCGGUUCUACAUCAGCUCUGCUCUUCGUCUCCUCCUGGCUCUUUGCUGCUUGCUAGUGCUCAGUCUCAAGUAUCGUCUCGGUGUGUUCACAUCUGCAGGUGAUGAUACGCCUUCUCUGUUAUGGUACGAUAUGAACAAAUCGACCGGUGUCUGCCCGCAAACCGCACCCAUUGUCAAUGCGGAGCACUUCGACUUGCUCUCAGAGCUGGAGCAAGAGUAUGCUAUCAAGCAGUUCCGCGAGUAUGCAAUCGAAUCUCUCAGCGGCGCUGUUAGGAUCCCAACGGAGAUGUACGAUGACAUUGACCCCCCUGGUCAAGACCCUCGCUGGGAUAUAUUCGGUCAGAUGCACGAGUAUUUGGAGGGGAGAUUCCCGCUUGUUCAUACGAAGUUGCGCCGGACCAAACUGAACCUCUAUGCGCUCGUGUUUCACUGGCAGGGCUCGAAUGACACACUCAAACCCAUGCUGUUGACGGCUCACCAAGAUGUCGUCCCGGUCGAACAGCUUACCUUGGACCAGUGGAUCAAUCCUCCUUUCUCGGGCUACUAUGACGGUACAACGCCUUUGCUUGCUAUCAGUAAUGCUCAGGUUCAUGUUUGUUCAAGGUGA